AUGAAUUCCUCCCACCACGCCAACCGUACCCCAGGGCGAGGCCAAGAUGCCAACCUGGGUCGCGGCCGUGGAGGUCGGUCUCGGGGUGGCUUCAACCCCCGCGUCAACUUCGACACGGACUCUCCGGCCGUCCCUACCAUCUCGCAGGUCGUCCCUGGCGCACCAGUCUCUAUUGUCCUGAAAGUAGACCAGCCGACAGGUCGCCAGGUGCAAGGCUUCGUCGGCGCGCUCCUGACCAGAGGGAACCACCCGCGAGGUAUCAAAGUCCGCUUGCAGGACGGGAGGGUGGGAAGAGUGCAGAAAAUGGCGAGCGAAGAAGCAGCGAAGGCGGGAUCGGAGGGGCGGAGUUAUGGACUGGGUAGAGAUGGGCAUGGAGAUGGGAUGAUGAGCACCCAUAUGGCGGAACCCUCGCCAGCUGGGCUGAGCAUCGGUUCAUCGAUGACGCCGAACCGGUACGGCGAUUUCAGACUCGAUGCGCCGGAUGAGCCGCCGCGCGCGGAGUUGAGUCUCGGGGAUUACGUUGUGGUCAAGGGCAACGGGAAGAAGGGCCGCCAACGGAAGACUGAUAGUGACGGUAGUGACUUGGGGGAUCCGAAAACUCAGCAUCUUGAGGUCCUGGAAGGGAUCGAACCCCAGGCCACCCCUGGAUCGACGUCCGCAACGGGUACGUGUCCAGUCUGCGGGGACUUUGAAGGGGAUGAAUUUGCAAUAUCUCAUCACGUGAAUUCCCACUUUGACUGA